CCUGUGGGAAACCUAACCUAACCUAACCUGCCCGCGCAGCUUAUGGGUACUUAUAGAGACUUCCUAUUGGUGCAACUCGUGGUGUUAAGUGGUGGUAGCACGUGAUUGGCCCGAGGAAUUAUAGACACAGUGAUCCUAUCCAGCAGCUACCCACAAUUCAAAGCAUUAAACAACUGAAGUUCAGGCAACAAUACACCAUUUAUGUUUACCUGUGGACUUAGAAAAAGUUGAGAGCGCUGUGCAUUCCCAGGCCUAUUGUGGCGUUAUUAUUAAUUUCCGACAAGUAGUGUAAUCAUUAGAAAUGAUGUGAAUAGUGAGAAGAACAAAAUGAGAAUAUAAUUGAGGAUGCUGCACCGGGCUUUACUGAGACAAGUCACUGCCCACUGCUGCUCUUCUCACAGCAGGCAGUGCAUAAGAUCCUUCAGAGUGUCAUCAUGUUGCCUCGAUGAUGUGCGUGUCAGGUUUGCUCCAAGCCCAACAGGAUACCUUCACCUGGGAGGCUUACGGACAGCACUCUACAACUUUCUGUUUGCUAAAGCUAACAAUGGAAAGUUUAUUUUGCGUAUUGAAGACACAGACCAGAGUCGUCUGGUCCCUCAGGCCAGUGAGAGACUUGAAGAAAUGUUGGUUUGGGCAAAAAUACCACCUGAUGAAUCUCCUGAAGUAGGUGGACCUGUGGGACCGUACAUGCAGUCCCAGCGCCUUCCUCUCUAUCAGGAGUAUGUUAAGAAACUCCUGGAAAAUGGCACUGCAUACAAGUGUUAUUGUUCCAGCAGGAGGCUGAACUGGCUGCGUAAUGAUGCCAUAAGAAGAAAUGAAGUUCCCAGAUAUGACAACAGAUGUCGCCACCUCUCUCAGAACCAAAUUAAGGAACAGGAAUUGAAAGGCACUGAGUCAUGCAUAAGAUUCAAGCUUGGUGCAGUGAAGGAGCCAGUUGAAGACCUCAUCUACGGGUCUCUGGCAAACACUGUGGCGGAGCAGGAGGGGGACCCAGUCAUCAUGAAGGCUGACGGCUUCCCCACCUACCACUUUGCCAAUGUAGUGGAUGACCACCUCAUGGGCAUUACCCAUGUCCUCAGGGGAGUGGAGUGGCAGGUGUCCACACCCAAACACCUCCAACUAUACAGAGCAUUUGGCUGGAACCCUCCUGUUAUUGGUCACCUCCCCCUCAUCCUGAAUCGGGAUGGCAGCAAGCUGUCCAAGAGACAAGGAGACGUCCACAUUGAGCAUUACCGUGCCCAGGGAUAUGCUGCUGAGGCCAUCCUUAAUUUUGUGACAGACAUUGGCGGAGGCUUUGAGGGCAGGGACAGCAGGCAUCUCCUCUCAGUGGAAGAAUUAAUAGAAAAGUUUGAUGUUUCCCGCAUCACCAAAAAUUCUUGCCGUCUGGACAUGGAGAAGUUGUAUCAUUAUAAUCAGCUGAGUCUUCACAAGUGCCUAGAAGAUCCCUCAGAACUGAAGGUGCUGCUUGCCCAACUCAGAGACCUUCUCAGGAAGACUUACAGUGAGAGGCUAUGGAGCAGCACUGCCCAAGAGAGGGUGUUGAGCACAGACUACCUCACACAGGUGCUGGAGUGGAGCAAGGUCAGGAUCACUUGCCUCCAGGACUUGCUGCAUCCAGACUUCUCCUAUGUAUGGGUGGUUCCUGACCAGCUGCCAGUCAGUGGUCUCCCUGCAAUGCCUUGUUCUCAUGUGACGGUGCUGAGGAGAGUGGAGGAUCUCAUUGCCUCCAGCACAGAUUCCUUCACAAAAGAGAACAUUGCCAGGCUGGUGAAAAAUGUUGGAAAAGAAUACAAGUUGAAAACCCCAGCCAUCAUGAAGUUAAUGAGGAUGUCAGUCAGUGGCCUUACGGAGGGGCCGCCCGUCGGGGAGAUGCUGGCCGUACUAGGCAAAGAGGCCGCCUUGGAGCGCAUCCGGCACGCUGUGUGGCUUAUACAGAGCAAUAAUUAGCAUGUAUGUAAUGUUGUAACUCAAUGAAUGUUUAUAUUUCCUACAA